GCUUUGGCCCGCGCCUUCCCGCCCUGCCUGACAUAGCUGCACUAAGUGACAAUAUAAAGCGGAGAGCGAUAUACAGAAAGCUCCGAUAAAAAAAAUCCCUAUUUUUUUUUUUGCACUCAGUAUUUAUACCUCUUCUCAAGCGACUUGAUUGCUGAUAGGCUGGAAAGUAAGUUUUGCACCGGCAGCCAAUGGGGAGACGAAUCUUAUUCUGACCAAUCGUGCUUCUCUUAUGGCGUCAUCUGAAUAGUUCAGCCAGUUAAAAUUUAGGAAGAAGAUUAGCUAGUUAUCGAAGCUCUCUAUAAAUACGUUGGGACUUCCGUGUUUAGAGUUGUGCUGCUUUACAGUGCGUUGAUUCUUCUUUCGAGAGAUAGGAAAGAGGUCUGCUAGGAUGCCGGAACCUGCCAAGUCCGCUCCCGUCCCCAAGAAAGGCUCCAAGAAAGCGGUCACCAAGACGCAGAAGAAGGGCGACAAGAAACGCAAGAAGAGCAGGAAGGAGAGCUACUCCAUCUACGUGUACAAGGUGCUGAAGCAGGUGCACCCAGACACCGGCAUCUCGUCCAAGGCCAUGGGCAUCAUGAACUCCUUCGUCAACGACAUCUUCGAGCGCAUCGCCGGGGAGGCGUCCCGCCUGGCGCACUACAACAAGCGCUCGACCAUCACGUCCCGGGAGAUCCAGACCGCCGUGCGCCUGCUGCUGCCCGGGGAGCUGGCCAAGCACGCCGUGUCCGAGGGCACCAAGGCUGUCACCAAGUACACCAGCUCCAAGUAAACGGGCUCCUCGCAGGCUUUCUGCAUCGUUUCAACCAAAGGCUCUUUUAAGAGCCACCCACUUAAUCAUUAAAAGAGCUUAAGUAUCGCUGUGUCUUCCUUUGUAUUCUAAAUUCUUCAGCUAUCACCUUCCAUUGUUUGAUCAAAGAAAGUACUACAUCUGAUUAUCUAAGUUUGCAGUGUUUAGAAUGUUUUAGUUUCUAAAAGGGUUCCAGUAUUAAGUGUAUGUCUUGCAUGUUUAAGGGGAAAAUUAUCCUGAAAUCAAGCCUUGGGAAAUAAAUGCACUACAAUAGAAUAAAAGCAAUUGAUUUUUAA